AUGAAUAGCCCAGCUGUGAAUUUCUUCGAAGCUCCGCAACAGCCAAGUACGCCCUCCUCCAUCGAUGCUCUCUCCCGCUCUAUUGGGUUGCUUAGCAUCAAUGGAUAUGUCGAGGGAAAUCCGUCGCUGCCUUUUCUGGGUACGUAUCCAAGAACCCACCAAGUGAAUGGUGUAAUUCCUCAACGAACUCCUGUUCCCACGGCCUGGUUUGGGGAUUCCAUGGAAGCGGCUCAGAAUCCAUUCCUUGAGCAGAGAAUCUUCCCUGAACCUUACAACUAUGGAGGGAGAUUCGUGAAUGGAUCAAUCGAUCCGUGGAUGCCACAGCAGCAGGAUGGUGGUGCAGGGUUGGAGAAUUAUGGCGUACAUCAGUUUUCGAACCUUGGGUUUCCUAAAGAUGACAGCUUUCUUUCCAAUGCCAAGACCCAACAGGGUUCAAUGGAGAUUCAGAAGAGUCUCAACUCAAACGAUGACAUGAAGUUAAUGAUGACAUACAUGAAAGCUGUUCCCUUUACUGUCCCUCUCAUGAUGGAUCAACAUGGAUGCCAUGUCUUCAUGAAACUGCUCGACUUCUGCUCCGAUACCCAGUUGAGAUUCAUCCUGGCGGAGAUCAUUCAGAACAUCGCCUUGUUUCUUGAGAUAUCGUCCUGCAGAUCCGGCUCGAAAUCACUCAAGCGGCUGAUCAAAAGGCUUCAGAAAUCUCCAAUGCUGGCUGUCCUAAUCAACAUCCUGGCUAAUGAGUUCUAUCCACUGAUGGUUCAUCCGAUUGGAAGCCAUGUUGUAUUGGAGUGCAUUGACACCCUUCAGCCCCAGCAGAAUGAGUUACUGUAUCUAAAAGCCAUUGAACACUGCCUUGAGCUUGCCACAAACGAAUUCGGGUGCAUAGCAUUGAACAUCUUCAUCAACCACAGCAAAGGUCCCUACAGAUACAAACUACUCAACUCUAUCUCCAACCAUGUUGUGUAUCUCUCCCAGGACCCUUCAGGGAACUAUGUGGUGCAGAAUGUGUUGGCACUAGAGAACCCAUGCUGCAGUAGGGAGAUUUGCAGCCAGCUGAAAGGGCAUUACGCGAGGCUGUCGAUGCAGAAAGGCGGUAGCCAUGUGGUGGAGAAGUGCCUAAGUUCCAGAGAGAUGAUGAAGCAUGUGGUUGAGGAUCUCCUGAACACCAAUCAGCUGAUCCAAGUUGCCAGGGAUAAGUUUGGGAACUAUGUUGUUCAGAAAGCACUCCAAGUUACUAAGAGAGCUGAGAGUAGUCAACUGCAUCAGCAGCUGGUGAGCGUUCUCAAGCAGCACAAGUAUGCAUUGCAGUAUGGAUAUGGGAAGAAUGUGUGGCAUGCGAUUGAGAAUGAGAAGAAUGCUGCUGUUGAUCAUUCAGAGUAGCAGAUGUUUAGAAAUAAGUUCUGUCCCCAUGAUUUGUAAGCUCGAUUGUCUUUGAAGAACAUGUUCUUAAUUGUCACCAUUUUGUUUUAUGUUGUGGAUAGUCUUUGUCGUUCUAGUGUUUUCAUCUUUGUUAGGAUAGGAGGUGUUCUAGCUUGUUGUAGUAUAUGGAUUUUUAAGAGCUUCGAUUGUGAACUUUGGCGG